CCUGCAUGCAUGGCUAGUUUAAGUCGGAGCUGAGACACUAGCUGCAUGCACUAGCUCGCGCUCCACUGCAUGCUUGUAAUUGUAUAAAGGCACUCUAUGGAUGAAGACAAAGAAGAAAUACCUAGGAUUAGCGUGGAGUCUAUUGAAGUCAAUGAAGAGGAGGUAGUUGGACGUGAUGAGAGAGUUGGUCUACGUCUACGUCAGGACAUAGAUAGUAUCUAUGGUCUAGACGAAGAAGAAGCUACAAUUAGCGUGGAUGAAGUCAAUGAAGAGGAAGUGGUGAUUGGACGUGAUGAGAGAGUUGGUCUGGACGAAGGAGAAGUUUCGAUUAGCGUGGAGUCUAUUGAGGUCAAGGAAGUGGAGGAGGUGGUUGAAACUCAUGAGAGAGUUGGUCCGAACGAAGGAGACAUAGUUACGAUUAGUGUGGAGUCUAUUGAAGUCAAUAACGAGGAGAUGGGUGGACGUGAUGAGAGAUUUGGUCUGGACGAAGGAGAAGUUACGAUUAGCAUGGAGUCUACUGAAGUCAAGCAAAAGGAGGUGGUUGGACGUGAUGAGAGAGUUGGUCUGGAUGAAGAAGAAGUUACAAUUAGCAUGGUGUCUAUUGAAGUUAAGGAAAAGGAGGUCGUGGUUGGUCGUGAUGAGAGAGUUGGUCUGGACGAAGGAGAAACACCUGUUAGCGUGGAGUCUAUGGAAGUCAAGGAAAAGGAGGUAGUGGUCGGACGUGAUGAGAGAGUUGGUCUGGACAAAGAAGUUACGAUUAGCAUGGAGUCUAUUGAGGAAAAGGAGGGGGUGGUUGAAUGUGAUGAGAGAGUUGGUCUGGACGAAGGAGAAACACUUGUGAUUGGCGUGGAGUCUAUUGAAGGCAAUGAAGAGGAGGUGGUUGGACGUGAUAAGAGAUUUGGUUCGGCAGGUGGUCUCAGUGAAAAGGAUUCUCUCAGCAGACGGAGACAGGAGGAGAACUCAAGUCUAUCAGGUGCUGUCAGCCACACAGUGAGCGUGGCUGCUCAACCCAUAGAGCCCAAGGUGUCCAGCUCUCAUGAGCUGCAUCACUUUAUUCAAGAGCAACGUAAGAUUAUCACUACAUUCAGAGCACAACCGUGGCCCAUGCAAGUUAAGCUGGCCGCUCUAAGGAGUUGCAAGGAAAAUCUCCACAAGCACGCUCACAACUUGAACACAAUAGACACAUUCAGAGAUUCCUCUGGCUUGGCACUCACCAAGGCCAAGCGCCUGUUUAACACGAUAACAGAGACCUUCACUGUGUGGAACACUACCAUCAAGAACAUAGAAGGGAACUUUGGUACAACUGUUGCAUCUUUCUUCGACUUCCUCCGCUGGAUGUGUGCUCUGAAUUUGGUCCUCACAGUGUUUGUGGUCUGUUUCAUUGUACUCCCUCAGCUGCUUGUUGGUCAUGGUCUGGAUGUUCCCGAUAGUAUCAGAGGGAACACUUCUGCUAUCUCAAUCGUCAUAGAUGGGAGAGGAUACGCAUUUGAGUAUUCAGUUCUAUUCUACGGCUACUAUGACUCUGGUCAAAAUGAGUCCUACACUGCACCUCCUGCUAACAAAGAGCCCUACCUUCAAUUUGGAGUAAUCCAAUACAAACUACCGUUAGCCUAUCUACUUGUUUUAGUGGGCAUCUUUGUAAUAAGUGGAGCUGCCAUACUCAAAAGUAUGGCUAAAAAACUAAAGUCAAUAAAGGUUGCGAAUGCGGGUGAGCAUUUCUUAUUCUCAUGGAAGGUGUUUGCUAGCUGGGACUUUGCCAUUACAUCUUCUAAUUUGGCUGCUGGGAUGAGAAAGAAAAUUGGAAUAUCUCUCAAGGAAACUAUUGCUGAGGCAAAGAAACAAGAACAAACAGGAAAAAAAACUGUGUGGCGGUGGGUUAUACGAGGUUUCACGAACUUUUUCCUGUUAGCUGCUUUGGCUGCCUCAAGUUACGCUAUUGUCCUUGUUGUGGAGAAUGCAAAAACUGUUGAUCAGAACACAGACAUUUUGGCAGCCGUGGGUCAAGGCUGGGAAGGACUUUACCGACUCAUUCUAGCAUUCCAGGUUCAACUUGUUAUUGUAGCUCGUAAUUUUAUCAUUCCAUUACUGUUUCGAAUGGCUGGACUAGUAGAGGGAUUUCAUCCUAGGGGAGCACUCAAGAUGAUGCUCUUAAGGAUGUUUGUAUUGUACUUUUCCAGUUUGUAUGUGCUAGUGGUAGCACUGUUCACACUCAGUAGCACCUGUGAGGUAAGUCUAUGUCUAUAUGCCGGGGGCCCCCUCCAUUUCAUCGCCUCUCCCCCAUCUCAGGCAACCUCUCAUUGUUGUUGGGAGACUAUCAUUGGACAAGAGCUCUACAAACUCACCAUUAUCAACCUCCUUACUGAUCUAGGAUUUGUUAUACUACUGGAUGGGGCUAGGUGGAUACUCAGCACACGCUUGUUUUUACCAUGCACCAAUCUCAACAAACUCUACAACGAAUGGAUUGGACGUGGUGAGUUCCAAGUGGCUGGCAACGUGCUGAAUCUGGUAUAUGGGCAGGCAUUGAUUAUGUUUGGAGUGUUGUUCUGCCCUAUACUAGUCGGUAUUGGCUUUGCUAAGAAUGUGGUAACCUUCUACGCUAAAGUAGGAGCAGUUAAUUUCUUCAACAAACCUGCUGACACUCUGUUCAGGAUAGCCUCCACACGAAACUUUUACAUGGGGCUACUUCUCCUCACCGUGUUUACGGUUGCACUGCCAGUAAUCUAUGUUGCUGUGGAGCUUGUACCGUCCAACAACUGUGGUCCAUUCAGAGGCCUACCCAACAUGUUGCAUAUUGUGGUGGAUGAAAUUGCUACGUGGCCAAGUAUUGUACAGACUGUUAUUGGCUACUGUCAAAGGCCUACUGUUCUCAUACCACUCAUUGCCUUGCUAUGCAUAGUGAUCUACUAUUUUGCUGGGCAAUCAUUUGCAUUGAAGAAAGCCAACAAAGAAUUGAGGCUACAAUUGAGAGUGGAGCAAAACGACGCUAGAGAAAAACUCAGGGUAUAUGCUUUGGGGGAUACCACUAAAAAGAAGGCUGUACAGAGUAUGAAGGAGAAUCUUCAUAAGGCGGCUAUUCUCAACAAUAAGCUUGAAAAUCAAACAGAAGAGAACAGUAUAAUUAACUCAAAACAGUACCAAGGAGCUCGAGCAGAACUGCCAAGUCUGGAGAGUCAUGCAGAUCAGAAAGUCAAAAUCAGGAGGGGGAAAAGAUAGACUACUUUGGAACAUUGCACAUCAAUCAGCACAUCAGCACUGAUGACUAGCAUAAAAUAUUCAUACAAUCAUGCAUGCAUGCAUGUUCUUU